CGACCUUGGAACUCCCCAGUAAAAGCAGACGGCGGACGAUCCCAUGAGCAUUUCGCUCUGUAUUGGGCAGUGCGGCAACCAAGUCGGCGCCGAGCUCCUUGCGCUCUCGCAGCAUGGCGCGGCUGCGGACGGCCAGACCCACCGACCUUGCAUUCUCGUCGAUUCGGAGCCCAAGGUCGUUGGCGCGAUCGCCGACCGCGUUAGCGUCGCCGGUGUCCACGUCGAGCAGAGCGGUCGCGGCAACAACUGGGCGAUGGGCUACCACCAAACAACAAACAUCGCGCUCACGGCGCGUGUGCUCGAGUCGCUCCGCAAGGAAAUCGAGGUCGUUGACUGCUAUCGAGGGGCGAUCCUCUUGCACAGCCUAGCAGGUGGGACGGGCGCUGGCCUCGGAAGCCGACUUCUGGAGGCUAUUCGAGACACAUAUCCCAAGGCGUAUAUUCUCAACGGCUGCAUUGCGCCGUCGCUUGUUGGCGACUCGCCGCUGCAAAACUACAACGCGCUCUUCACGCUGCGCCACCUCCAGACGUACUCGGACGCAAUCUUGUACAAGGACAACGACGACGUCGCGCGCCUCGUGGCCCAUUGGCGUGGCGCUACCGGCGGUGUUUCGCUCACUGAAAUGAACCGGCUCGUAGCUGGUGACUGGGCUGGGCUUUUCCUCCCCUCUGACAAGCGACCCUUUGAUCUCGGCUCGUUUGUGACGCAGACGUGCCCGAUGGCGUCGGCCAAAUUUGUCGACGUCCGGACCGCGUAUUACGCCCAACGCCCCCGCUCCAAGCCUUCUGACUCACGCCUCGUAGCGCUACUUCCUUCUACAGAUGACGAUGCGGGGCUUGCAGCGGCGACGAAGCAGCUCGUGGCAUCCUAUCCGUAUGCUGCGACCCAAUCUCCGUGUAUUGGUCGGCAUAUCCACGUUCGCGGUGGCGCUACAGCUGCGUCCUUGACGUCCGUGGUCAAGGCUAUCGAGAGGGCGUUUCCAGCGCCUGACUGGGCACCGCAGCGCAUCGCGACCACUGUGUCGUUGGCUCCACCGAUGACAAUGUCCGGUGCAGUCACGGUGAGUGCCAACGGUCAAACGAACGCGAUCCCGAUGCUCUCGACGUUCGUCAGCCGCGCCGCCCAGCAGCUGCACGCCAAGGCGUAUCUCCACUGGUACAAAAAGUACGGAGUCGAAGAGGACUACUUCCAUGAGACGCUCGAUGCUUGCCUUGACGUUGUCGACGCGUACUCUAAUUUAGUGUAGAUCGUGAUAAUGCAAGUAAAUCUAAAUAAAUUACGAGACGCAACAUCCUA